AUGUUAGAGUGGCACAAGUCCGCUCAGGCAUGCUCAGCAACCCGAGCGCAAGUCAGACACGCCAUCAAGUCUCUACAAGUAGACGCUAUCGAGCAAGAUGGUUUUGCGUUCACUCUGCACAAGGUCGACCACCAACGACAAGCAAAGCUCUCUGAUCCGACGAGAUGCAAGCAUCCAGCUCACGUCAUCAAGUGCCGGCCGAGCAUGAGUCAGCAGAGCCAUCGACGAGAAGGAAACGCAAUCGCCAAGUGCUCUCUUGUGCAAACUGCCGCAUUAGAAAGCUGCGCUGUGACAGACAGGUACCCUGUGGCACUUGCGUACAGCGAAGAGUCACCUUCGACGACAAGUCAUUCAACCCGAUACCAGUUUGGGUCCGAGGCGAGCACGAGUGUGCUCCGUCCCAGAGACCACUCACAAAGACCAGAGCUCCAGCGAGCCGGCAGAUCACAGCCUGCUCUGCUCACGACGACCCUGCCCAUCAGCAGCUCACGUGGCAGCAUGUCGGCGCCCCCGCUCCUCAACGCGCCCUGGUCCUCACCAGAAGCGUUCGAGCAAGAUGGUCUGCCAGAAGGGCAAGCGCGGAGUAGCAUGCUAGACAGCUAUUUCGCCAAUGUCAACACAGUCUUGCCACUCAUACACGUCCCGCAAUACCAGCGAGACGCCUCAUCCGAUCCAUAUUUCCACCGUCAAUCAUUCAAAGCGCUUUCGCUCAGUAUGCUCGCUUUGGGCGGCUUGUCCAACCAUCAAACAGCAUCGACAGCAGCAAAAUGCUCGGAAGCCGCUCGAGAGCUCCUCUUCAACAGACAAGAUGCAUUCGAUCUUGGAUGGCUGACAGCCUCGACGCUGAUGUUGUUCUAUGCCAUCUCGACUCGAUCACCGGGCGCUAGCUACUUGCUGGCGUACACAAGCAAGGCAGCCAUACAGAACGGUAUACAUCGAGAUGACGAGCCAAGAUGGACCGGCACAUUGCGAGAGCAUGAGCUGAGAAAGAGGAUAUGGUGGUCACUAGCGAUGGCUGACUUGCUCCUUGCUUCGCCGCUGCAAGCAAUUGCGCUCGUCAAUCCGCGCAUGGCAACCUUUGAGCUGCCGCUUCCUAUCGACGAUGUCUCGCUCGACUUGGGCCAAGACCAGCAAGCAGCCUCUGCCAUUGUCGACGCUGCUUCGAGCGGUCUCUCCAUGCUACGCUUCAACGAAUUCCUGAGGAGAACCGUCAUUGCUGGCGAUGCUCUGGCAGCUGUCAGGCUUGGCGUGUCUGCCAACAAUUUGCUACUUGCUCAACAUUCGGUGGCAAAUAUGGACGCCGACGAGGCGGGCCUCGCUGGAGCCGCUUCGGAUGACGACUCCGACAGGCGAUAUACCGCAAUCUUCCGAGCAGUCUUGCGAAUCAUCGUACAUCGCUCCUUGAUGGCAUGUACGGCCAAUACUGGCGCAGACUCGACAGGUAUAAGUCGACAAAUCGUCACAUCCGCUGCAAGACAGAUCCGCCACAAUGUCGAUGUUCUGGUCGAGCGCAACGAGCACUGGCCGUUGCUGGGCUGCUUCGUUGCCAUUGCUGAUCAGAACGGUGUCACUGCUGUCGAAGCUCGUCCCUCGCAGAGCGCGCUUGCGUCUGGCUCAGGGACGCGGCAGCAAAGUCAGGCAUCGGGCAGUACGGACGACGAUGACGAGGACCUGUCUGACAGCGGCGAGACUGUGCUCGCCAACCCUGCUCUAUAUCAGCCGGUUGACAUCGGCUCUAUGGGCUCUCCUGGCAGCUUCUUUGCCGCCGGACCAUCGACGCCUCUGCCAGAGUCGUCAUAUUCCUCAAGCAUCUUUCUCCCACCACGACAUGAAAACCCGCGGCACUGA